GAAUAUCGCAGUGUUCAUUGUGUACCACGUACUGUAUACUACUAUUCACGCGCCCGGCGUUUCCGAAUAGUACGCCAUAUUGUACAACAUACCAUACAACCAACAACACGAAUCGUGAGAUCCUCGAGUACGUUGUUCGUAGCUCCUUGCCAUCUUUUUCCACAUAUUAACACCCAAGGAAUCUUAAAAUGAACGAUAUCGAGAGGAGUAGCAGUCGCAGCGCAAGCCCUCGAAGACCCAGGACCGCAGACGGUGGCCUAAGAGACUCACGAUCGCACUCGAGAUCACGAAAAUCGCGUGAGCGCAAGGACUCACAUAGAGAUGGCAAAUAUUCGAGAUCGCGCAGUCGUUCAGUAUCACGUGGUCGCAAGUCGUAUCGCGGCAGCAAAUACACCAGUUCGGGCCAUCGCGGCAGUAGUCGCAGCCGCAGUCGUUCGCCGUACAGAGGCGUUCGUUAUUCACGCAGCAGAUCACGCUCAUAUUCGCGAUCUCGAUAUUCCCGCGACCGACAUGUAUAUCGCUCGCACUCCCGCAGUCCUAUGUCUUCUAGACGACGACACGUCGGCAAUCGCGACAAUCCUUGCCCCUCCCGAUGCCUAGGUGUAUUUGGACUGUCUAUUUUCACCACAGAACAGCAAAUCCAUCACAUAUUCUCAAAAUACGGCCCUGUUGAGCGAGUUCAAGUUGUUAUCGAUGCGAAGACUGGUCGCUCACGAGGGUUUUGUUUCGUGUACUUUGAAUCGUCGGAAGAUGCUAAGGUAGCCAAGGAGCAGUGCACUGGAAUGGAGAUAGACGGCAGACGAAUAAGAGUCGAUUUCUCAAUCACACAGCGCGCUCACACUCCUACGCCAGGAAUUUACAUGGGCAAACCUACGCAUUUGCACGACAGAAACUGGGACGGACCUAGACGUAGAGAGAUCAGCUACAGAGGCAGUUACCGCCGCUCACCCAGUCCUUAUUACAGUCGUCGGCGUUCCCGCUACGAUCGUUCCAGGUCACGCUCCUACACGCCACGUCGAUAUUAAGUGACACGCGAGAUGCGAGAGGCCAGGGUGUACAGGAUUUGUCUGACCCGAAUAUUUCUUCUCUCUAUCGAUAACGUGUCAAAAACAGAGAGACUUAGAAAUGAUACAUUCGCAUUGAUACAUUCUUACCUUACUUUUCACCUGAUCCUUAAAUUGUAUGCUAGUUCGCAUACCAAUCAUUAUUAUUAAAUAAUAUCGGUUGAUGAUUUUAAUAAUGGCAGACAAGGUGAAAGGUUGGAAUGGAUGUAAAACCUUAUUUUCAUAAUAAUAACCUUAUUCGCCUUACUUUCUAAUAAUAAUUAUGAAGAUGAGGUUUAAAUUACAUAAAAAAUGUUUAUAUUCUGUGAAGGUUGGAAUACAGUUGAGCAUUACCGCAUAUUUUGGCUAGUUGAAUCGCUAGGAUUUAUUAUCUCUUAGCUAGCUGUAUUCCAGCCAUAGUAUGACAAGAUUUUAAAAAGUAUAUAUGAUAACAUUUCUGAAAGUCUCUCGUGAAAAAGAAAUAUAUAAAUAAAUAAAAACGAAAAUAGACAAACAAAACGGAAAAAAACGCAAAUAAUAAUACUGUACCUAGAGAUAGAAGUAUGUUCUCUAACCUGUUUGUUUGUUUAUAAGGUUUUGAAUCAAGAGGUUUUGGAUGAUAGAGGGAAGUUUGAAGUUUCACUCUGAAAAAAUGAGUUUUGAAAAGUCGAAGACAAGAUAUCCGAAGAACACGUUUAUCUUGCUCACAUUGUCAAGAACCCGAAGCUUUUCUCGCGCUAGUGACAAAGAAUAUGAUCCGAAUUCCGCAUUCAUUUCCGGCUGAGAAGUCUCAGGGCUAGAAGAAAACUUCAAGCGUCAAAUAAUGCAAGCCUCAAGACAGUCAGAAUCGUUGAUCGUCAGGCCCCCGACCGGGACGAGUCGUUUGGUUGGGGGGUGAAACUGGCCGAACAUUUACGUGCAAGAAACAUCGAAAAUCUUUUGCAAAUAGCGACGAGCGAAAGGUGCUCCCGAAGGUCAAAACUGAUCAUAUUCUUUAUCAAUAAUGGUUUGUUGCAUGCCAACGUCCGCUUUAGGCAGAUGCAUACAUGCAUAUAUACAUAUAUAUAUAUAUAUAUAUACAUAUAUAUAACUAUAUGAAAAUAAAUAAAAGUUCGUAUACCUCUUUCGCCACCCCUCCCUCCACCAUCCUGAUACCUCCUCCGUUUCCUCUAAGAGAGCUUCGUUCUAUUUUGAAUUUUACCUGCGACUGAUUGAUCAAACUUUAUCAUAGCAUUUCAUCAAUAAACGUUGUUUCUAUCGGA